AUGGUUUGUUGGACGCAAGAUCAAACUCCAUUCUUGAAGGAGCUCUUUCAAAAGCACACGAAUGCCACGUCAACAGCAAUGACUCACUCCAAGUCACCAGCAAAAAGCAGCAACCAUCGUCAUCAUCGGAACCAAAAUCAAUCUCUCUCUGUAUUUAUGCAAUCAGCAAUGGGUAUUCGGAACGAAUUAUUCAACACCGAAUGUAAAUUACAAGCAUACAUGAUUUAUUUAUUGCGAAAGCAAGAAUCAUCAAAAACCCAAUUUUCAUCUAAACUUGGCUCAAAUCAAUCAUCAUCAAUGGAAGAGGAUAUGAAUGAAAUGUAUUGUGAUGAGAUUGAUAAGCAAUUAAGACAAGCAAUGAGCCACUUGCAAGUACUGAAAUCUUUAAUCGAUCAAGUGAAAUAUAAUCCUAAAGAAGAAUUACAUCAAAUUCAACAUUACAAAUCAAUUAUUGGAAUUUUGAAUCAAUGGAGUGAACAGCUAAAAAACAAAAUUGAAUUUACUCAGAAUAAUUUAACAAUGUUAAUUGCCAAGAAUCAAAAGCAACAAUUAUUGAAUACUGCUAACUCUACAACUGUGUACAAUGAAGGCUCUGAAUCUGCUGAGGAUCAAAUACUUGUUCAAAAUGAAGGAAACUUGGACAGCAAUGUCAUGAUGAUGAAAGUGUCACUUCAACAAAUUGUUUCCACCGAUCUACAAGACGCUCACGAUACUGAAAUUGCAGCCAUUCGAAUAAGUGAAAUGUUGACAGUUUUUGAAUCCAAAGUACAUGAACAAAAUCAAAUGAUUGAGCUGUUCCAUACAAUACAGAGCAAGCCAUCCAAUUCAUGGAAGAUGCCACCUCUGAAUUAA